AUGAGUGUGAGUGAUUUGGAUACUUUUAUCACCGGAAGUUUGAAACUUCUCGAGACAAAUGCUUCUCAAACGAAGAUUAUGAUGAAAUAUAGACCGCAGAGCGAUGAUAUUCAUUCUAAAGUGACAUUUAGGACCAAGAACGAUUCGGUAGGAUUAACUUAUAAAUAUAAGACUGCUCAUUCCAAAGAACUUUCUCGUGGCUUGAGUGCUAUUGGUCCAACAGGAGUGAAUCUACAAUUGGGUAAAGUUGGGAAACAAGUGUUCAAGAAAAAGUCAAAAGAUCUUCCCGGGAUGACUACUCUAUUGGUGAACCAGAAGGUAAAACCUUACGUAGAGCCUGUAAAGACGAAAGUCAGCGCCCCUACGACUACAGCUUCAAAUACUGUAUCUGGAAAGAAUGGUAAGAAGAAGAAUAAGAAGGGAAAGAAAUAG